UUAAUGCAUAGCCUCAUUGGUACAUAACGAAAGUCGCUAUUGCUACACAGUUCGGGUCAGAAACAGAAUGCUCUAGCUAUUUAAUGUGAUCGCUUGGUAUUGCUUUGUGUUUUAUCCAGUGAAGAGGAAAUUAUCGCAGAGAUGGCAGACCCUGCGGUGGCGGGCGGCGGAUCUUUAAACGCCGGAAUGCGAUCAGGUAGUAGUAAACCAACUACAAAUCCCGCGGAGAAUUAUUACAUGGCCCGGCGGCGCACCCUGCAGGUGGUGGUCAGCUCCCUACUGACGGAAUGCGGCUUCGAAAGUGCUGAGAAAGCAGCCGUGGAAACUUUAACAGAAAUGAUGCAGAGUUAUAUAUCUGAGGUUGGACGUUGUGCAAAAGCAAGCUGUGAGCAUACUGCCAGAAGCAGCCCUACUCUCUCAGACGUGGUUAUUACAUUGGUGGAAAUGGGUUUUAACGUAGACUCACUCCCCUUGUAUGCCAAAAGGUCACAGAGGAUGGUCAUAACGGCACCUCCAGUGACAAAUUCUCCAGUGAUUCCCAAGUCUCUUGCCGCUGGACAGAAGCGGACACACCCUCAUUACAUCCCUAGCCAUUUCCCAGAAUUUCCAGACCCUCAUACAUACAUCAAAACCCCGACAUUUCGUGAGCCUGUAUCAGACUACCAGGUGCUGAGGGAGAAGGCAGCUUCCCAGAGACGAGAUGUGGAGAGGGCGCUCACACGUUUCAUGGCAAAGACCGGCGAGACACAAAGCCUUUUUAAAGAUGACCUCACUGCUUUUCCAUUGAUAGCAGCAAAGCCGAGCUCUAUCCCAUACUUGAGUGCUCUACUGCCUUCUGAGCUGGAGCUGCAGUCCCUGGAGGAGACGGACUCAUCUGAGCAGGACGACCAGACAGACAGCGAAAACAAUGCCAACAACAACAUUAGCGAGGACACGGGAGCAGAUAAGGAGAAUGCCAUUCUGCCACCUGGUGGUAGUGUGCCUUCAGCGAAGAACAGUGAGGAAAACAUGAUUGAUAACCCAUACCUUCGGCCAGUCAAGAAACCAAAAGUGAGGCGGAAAAAGUGAACAGCAAAAACAUGGACCCAAGUAUGCAAAGAAAUAGUAUGAGAAUGAAGAUACUGUUGGGCUUAUGGCUCAAAGUGUGCGUCUGAGUAGGAGAGCAAAAAAUGCAUUCUCUGGUGCAAUUAGGAAACGUCUUCUGAUUUAAUCAGGAGAUGCUGUUAAUGCACAAACAUCUGGCUUUGUAUAAUACUGAGGCUGACUGGCUCAACAACUGCAGUGUGUUUCCUAAAGAUGGGUAUGUGAGGAUUUGAUUUAGACCCUCGAAUGAUAUAGAGGGUUUGAUUUUAUAUGUAUCACUCUAAGUUUGGUUUAUGCUUAGAUUUUUCUAAAACAAAACAUUUGUACAAUGUUUCUUUGUCAUGUUUGAAUUAAUGAACAGAGAAUAAAUUCCUCCCAAACAUCUGGAAAAGUUUACAAGAUUUGCCUCCCAUUGCUCACAAGGUACAAUAUGUCAUUUUAGAAAUACAAGAAACAUUCUGAGACCUGCAGUGAUCACAUUUCCAGAGAUUACUGUGAUUUUAAUGGAUGUUUAUAACAACAAAAAGAAUUCACAUUUAUUUUUAUAGGUAUUCUUUCCAGCUUUGAGCAUACAAGGAAUUUAUUUAGCCAUGUGUAUACACAAGAACAGCAUACAAUAUGACAAAUGGCAAUAUCUGAUUUGAAUAUUUUAUGAUGUGCUCAGAUCCUAAAUUGGAUUUAGACAAUAAACUGCUCAAGCAAACUCAGGAAUAGUACAACUGUAGAUAUGCUAGUCUGCUGCGAUGUUUCCGAAACUCCUUGUCACAGGGGAGCUGUGUGCAAUGAAACACAAACGUACAGUCUAUACAGUACCUAUAGUUGGAAAUGAUAAACCAAUACAACAUAAGCACAAUCAGUUAUCAGUCAGUUGUUGGAUUUUACCUCUGUG